UAGUGGCCAACCAGAGAACUGAUUAGCUCUUAAUGCAAAAGCGGACUAUAUCACCACAGAGAUGCUAAGGGAUCACUACGGAUUUUCACCGCAGAGAGGCACCAUGGACUUCCUGUUUUUGACCGGAUAUUCGGGCCCUGGAACACUCUAGCCCAGUUCUUAAUGAUUUUUCUUUGCUUGUGUUUACCUUCUUGCUACGGGAGGCCGAAAGGUCCAGAAAGGAGAAAUCGCGUUCCCGGAAUGGAUGAUGGAGCCGCAUGAUUUCAUUUGGACCAAUAAUCUAUACAAGACUGGUAAGUCUGGACAUGCCCCACAAUAUGAGCUCAGAAGUCCUGUCGACUUGUUUCAGUCUGGGAAGAUUGUAAAAAUAUGUGCUCCUAUGGUUAGAUACUCAAAACUGGCUUUUAGAACUUUAGUCAGGAAAUAUAACUGUGACCUCUGCUACACUCCAAUGAUAAUAGCCGCUGAUUUUGUCAGGUCUGUGAAAGCAAGGCACAGCGAAUUCACAACACAUCAGGGUGAUCACCCUCUGAUUGUUCAGUUUGCCGCAAAAGAAGCUCAGGUUUUAGCAGAUGCUGCCUGUAUCAUCAGUCCUUUUGCAGACGGCAUCGAUAUAAACUGCGGCUGUCCACAGAGAUGGGCUAUGGCAGAGGGUUAUGGUGCUUGCUUAAUAAACAGACCAGAAGCAAUGCAGGAGAUGGUGAAACAAGUAAGAAAUCAAGUGGAAAAUCCUAUGUUUUCAGUAUCUGUAAAGAUAAGGAUUCACAAUGACCUACAGAGAACUGUAGAUCUCUGUCAAAAAGCUGAAGCAGCCGGAGUAUCCUGGAUUACCGUUCAUGGGAGAAAUGUAGACGAGAGGCACCAGCCAGUUCACUAUGAUGCAAUUAAAAUAAUCAAGCAAAGUGUAUCUGUACCAGUUGUUGCUAAUGGGGACAUGAAAUCUUUAAAAGAUGUGGAGAACGUUCAUCAAAUAACAAGAACAGACGGUGUCAUGGUUGCAAGGGGACUGUUGGCUAAUCCAGCCAUGUUUGCGGGAUAUGAAGAAACUCCUCUAAAGUGUAUCCAAGACUGGAUUAAUAUUGCUCUCGAACAUGGGACUCCUUUUACAUGCUUUCAUCACCAUUUGAUGUACAUGAUGGAAAGAAUUACUUCAAAGCAAGAAAAGAAAAUUUUUAAUGUUUUAUCAAGCACAUCUGCUGUUGUAGACUAUCUUAGAGAAAACUAUGGACUGCAAUGACAUUUUUUAACUUGCGUGAUAAUUGUACUUUUGUUCUAAAAUACUUUUCUUAGAGCAUGUGCAUGUGUGUAUAUAUGUGUGUGUGUACGUACAUACAUACAUACAUACAUACAUACAUACAUACAUACAUACAUACAUACAUACAUACAUACAUACAUACAUGAAAUUUCAAAUUUCUCUGCUCAGGAUAUUUUGAACAUUUGUAUUCACAAAGUUUAACACAUUCUUAAUUGCGGUGCUGUAACAAGAACUAGUAUUGGACAUACCAAUCAUUAAUUUAUUAGUCACAGUCCAGCAAAAUAAAACAUACAUUAGUAGUGUUGGACAUGGCUAAUAGUUCAGUUCACAGAGCGUGCGGAGUAUUGUGGGUGUGCCAACACAAAUGCACCAGCGGAGAGGAUAAUAUUCUGGUGACGGGGCACUGUGCACCUCUGCGGCACUGAACACAAAAGUUGCCACAUGCACUGGCAUCCCUCCACCGCAGGAGCCCACACGAGCAUGUGUGGAGGCAUUCCAGGGGUGUUUCUGGGGAUGGAGCCAACUUUAUUCAGUUUCCACAGGGCUUUCAGCCUAAGAAAUGCCUCUGCCUUCUGAUGACUUGCACCACCAAAAAGUGUAGCACAGCCCAUUGGGCUGCAUAGGAGAUUUUCAGGUUGGCUUGGGAGUUCUGUAGUUUUACAUGUCCUGAAAUCGACUGGUUCCAGAUAUCUACAAGUAUAGGAAGUAGGUCACCAGCUACCUUUUUUACACAGUCUGCAUUCAUUUCAAUGGGGCAUGGAUAAGAUAGAUUGGUACCUGUGAAUUGAUCAGAAUCUUUUCUUUGUGGACAUUCCUACUGGACACAGGUAAAAUCCAUGAGAUUCUGUAGAAAAGAUAUUUGCAGUUCAUAUUAACAAAGCAUGCUUAGUAUUCCAAUUGAAUUUAAAGUGUUUCCUAAAAGAGAAAAGUGUUUCCUAAAAGAGGAAAGUGUUUCCUAAAAGAGGAAAAAAGUAUUGGGGGUUCCAUGUCCACAGCUUCCAGCAAUUUUUAAAACUAAAGUUGUAGAUGUGCAAUGGUCAGAUUUGAAGGAGGACCAUAGAAGAUUUUUAAAUAACUGGAUUAACUGUAGCUUUGUACUGGUGGCAAUUUCUUUUUAAAAUGUGGUAUCUAAACUGUAAACGUGUAUGACAGAUCAAAAAUUGGAAACUGAUCAAAUUCAUGUUUGUGAAACUGACAUUUCAUGUUCCUUUGUGAAAAAUGCCUCUUAAUAUAAGGAUUAGUCUGAAGGUAUUUUUGCAUGUAUCAUGAGAGGCAGCGGCAUCCCGUUGAAAAAAGAAUUUUAAAGGCCUGCUAGUGCUUUACUGAAAUAUAAUUGUUUAAAGAACAACAUUUUUGAUACCUGAAAAAUCAGUUCAAUUCAGUGUUCCAGAAAACUACAGCAUUAACUCUUAGUCAGAAUUGUUUAUUCUGAAGAUACAGUCCCCAAAAUAAAAAAUAACCUUCAGGUAAAUAUCAAAAUUUGUAUCAAAGAAAAAAAAACAAAUUAUUGACAGAUCCAUUAGUUUCAAUGAAACAAAUGGUUUACAUUGCUUUGAGAAUUUUCCAUUGUUAUUAAAUAAAACAUAUUGAAUAUUUUAAACAAGAGACCUAAUUGUGAUGGGCAGUGUUGCUUUGAAAACUUUCAAUUCUAACUUCCUUCUCCUUCCAAUGUUUAAUGAAGUUGGAUUUUUUCUAUUUUAGCAAGUGCAAGAGAGAUUUUAUUUCACGUAAUCCUACAUGGCAUUGGGGCAGUUGCAAGUUUGGGAAGGAGCAUGACAUACUGUCUGUGUGAUAGGAAUUUUACUAGCAUUGAAAGCAUUUGUGUUGUUUGUGUCCCCAUGUACUCCAUUGUUCUGCAAUAUUUUACAGCUUCUUGAGCCAUGCUCCACAAUAUUUCAGAGUUUCCAGAUAUUACCAAGUUGUUUCUUCUCACAAUAUUUUCCAAACAAGAGCAAACUGCAGAAACACUUGCUGUGAAAUGUGAGAGAAAUCAAAUUCAAGAGAUUCUUGUGGGAGCCUGUUCUGAACCUGCAAAUGCCAGGGGAUGAAAGUUUCCUGAUUUUAUAAAGGUAUGUAAACAACAACUAUGCUGGAUGGAAUCCAGAAUAAUAGCUGUUGCAGUUCUGAGUCAGUCCCCCUGGCAUCUGAGUCAUCACAUGCCAGUGAUGAGCACAUAACCAACACUGAAAGAAAUGUCUUUGCAUACACCCACACUUCACACUUGUACCAGGUAUCUAGCUUGUGGGCUGCAUGGGCCCAUGCUUGCACUCAUCAGUCAUAUAGAUAGAUAUGAAACUCUUGUAUGUGUGAGCUGCAGGAAUCAUUUUGUACUUAAAGGGGCCAUGCAGAUGUGCCUCAACAGAAUCCUGACCCUAUCUGUGAACCACUGUUAA